UAUAUCGAUCCAAUUUCAGUACAAAAUAAACUCCUUCAUCAGAAUGUGGUUUUAUUCAAUAUUUAUUUUAACGUUAUCAAGUCAAUAUGUAGUCGGUCAAUUUGGUCCGUAUAAACAAGCCUCCAACUAUGUGAACGUAAGAGAGGGAGCUCAUAUGUUUUACUGGUUAUUCUACACAACAGCUACUGAAAACUACACUGAAAGACCCCUUAUAGUAUGGCUACAAGGAGGUCCAGGCGGCUCCUCUACUGGCAUUGGUAAUUUUGAAAUAUUAGGUCCUCAAGAUGAGUACUUGCAAGAUAGAAACUACACUUGGGUAAAUAACUUCAACGUGCUCUUUGUGGAUAAUCCAGUAGGAACGGGCUACAGUUAUGUAGAAGAUUUUAAAUUUCUGACUGUUACAAACGAUGAAAUAGCUCUAGAUUUCGUCGAGCUCAUGCGAGGAUUUUAUAAAGAUCAUCCAGAGUUCAAUUCAGUACCACUUUACAUCUAUGGGCAGUCGUAUGGAGGGAAGAUGGCUAUCGACAUGGCCAUACGAAUGCGUGAGGCGGAGCAAGAGGGUACAAUUGGUUCAAAUUUGAGGGGAGUGGCGAUGGGCAAUGCUUGGAUAUCUCCAGUUGAUGCGACUCUUACUUGGGGCCCUCUAUUAUUGGCAGCGGGUCUAGUUGACCAAGAAGGGUACGAGGCUAUUCAGGCUGCAGCCAAGGAGUCGGAACGAUUGUUCAAUGAGGGCGACUAUGCUGGUUCUACAUCCGCAUGGUCAAAUACCCAGAGCACAGUGUUUCGCCAUACAACAAGCGUCGAUUUUUAUAACAUCCUAACAAAAAUGCAAGUUAGAAUGAGUGACACCACUAAAAGUGCUUAUGAACUUUCAAGAGACAUGUUGAUUAACAAUGUGCCAUACGGGAUUGAAAAUUCGAGGCAAGAUGCUUUUAACCUGACUCAUUUCAUGAACACUGAUGUGAAAACUGCGCUCAACAUUCCGGAACACGUGAUUUGGGGCUCUCAAUCUAAUGCCGUGUUUCAUUAUUUAAGGGGAGACUUCAUGAAGCCUGUUACUGAUGGCAUUGAGAAACUGCUGAACGAAACGGACAUUAUACUGACGAAAUAUAAUGGAAAUCUCGAUUUAAUUUGCGACACCCCAGGCCAAUUACUGUGGGUCGAUCGUCUGAAAUGGCAUGGUGCUGAAGCCUACAAACAAGCCCCACGUCUUCCUAUCUGGGAAAACGGUAAAUUAGAAGGGUACUACAAAGCUUAUGAAAACUUCAGAUUUUUCUGGAUAAAUGUAGCGGGUCACAGUGUACCAAGGGACAACCCAGCUGGAAGUAACGCAUUUCUUCGCGACAUGACAUCGUUCGGUUGACUUUUAUGAAAAAAUAAUUAAAAGCUAUUUCAAAAUUUA